GGAACUCAGAGCAGUCGUCCGUCCGCAUCUCGAGGCCCAGACUCGCACCAACACCAGAACCGGAAGCCGGCGGCGGAAUAGGCCGUCGAUCUCCGAGCAGCAGCGGCCACCGGCGAUGGAGAAGGGAAAGGGUCUCGCCCGCCGCUGGGCGGUGGAGCUCCACGACGCCUCCUCCUCGUCGUCCUCCGCCGCCGUUCCCGACCCCCCCGGCUUCACCAGAUCCGCACCCGACGCAGACGACGCCACGGGCGCGCGCCAGCGCAAGGACUCCGAGGCCGCGUGGAAGGCGAAGAAAGCGUGGGAGGUAGCGCAGGCUCCGUUCAAGAACCUGAUGAUGAUGGGCUUCAUGAUGUGGAUGGCCGGGAGCACCGUCCACCUGUUCAGCAUCGGGAUCACCUUCUCCGCUCUGUGGCAGCCCCUCAGCGCGCUUCGAUCCGUCGGGAAAGCUUUUGAACCAUUUAAGGACCCAAGAGUGGAUACUCUUGCUCCUAAGUUGCUCUUUAUUGCUCUCAACUUGGCUGCCAUGGGUUUGGGUGUAUGGAAGCUUAAUACAUUGGGUCUUCUUCCAACAAAUCCAUCAGAUUGGGUAUCUUCGCUGUCUCCUGCUCGGGAGGUUGAAUAUGCUGGUGGAGGGAUCCCAUUGAACUAAUCUCCUUUCCCUUCCCAAGUUUUACUACUUGAAGAUGAUAUGUACUAAGUGAAAUAUUACUCUGCACUCUGCACUCUGCAUACGGGAGAAGUGAAGUUUUCUGUGUGGACUAUCUGUAUUAUUUUUCGCUGCAGUUGUACCAAUUUUGUGACUGAAUACCAAUGUCACGGGAUAUUUACCCUACAGUAACAGGCUUAGAUAAAGAUAGCUUGUUCAGUUUCCUUGGUUCCUUUGUUUACCUUGUUUCAGAAGAAGAGAAUCUGUUGCUACAUGUUAAUUCUCCUGAGUGGUUUGGUUAUGCACGGGCUUCUGUUGUAUUACUAGCUGUGAAGCUUGGCCAGCUCCUGCUUGCGCGUGCAUCUGGGAGAAUUUUCCUGAUUACUGUAGGAAUUGAACUGUGUUUUGUGAAAUUCUUGCAAACUUUUUAUGAAA